AUGUCUGAAGACGGAUGUGAUAAGAUCCUCUUUAUCAUCGUUUGGUCAUAUCUAUCUAUCUAUCUAUCUAUCUAUCUAUCUAUCUAUUACAGUCUGUGUGGUUGUAUCUAUCUACCUGCUUAUAUAUAUGAUGUUUUUAUUCAUAUCUAUCUAUCUAUCUAUCUAUCUAUCUAUCUAUCUAUCUAUCUAAAACAGUGUGGUUGUAUCUAUCUACCUGCUUAUAUAUAUGAUGUUUUUAUUCAUAUCUAUCUAUCUAUCUAUCUAUCUAUCUAUCUAUCUAUCUAUCUAAAACAGUCUGGUCGCACCUAUCUAUCUUCAUUCAACUCUCUCUCUCUCUCUUUUAUCCAUACCAAUGUAUCUGUUUAUCUCCAUAUAUCAAUAAUUUCAUAUGUCUUUCAUUUUAUUUCUGUGUAUUUCCUUGAAUCUGUUCACUUUUCUCUUAAACCCUUCAUAUCUAUCAUUUUCUCUUCCAAUAAUGGCUAUUCUUUAGAUAACCGACAUAAGUGCGGGGAAACUCCAUUAUGA